UGAGGGGCUUUAGCCCAAUGGUCCAAAGAAGCCCCCAAUGGUGGGGCAAUGACCAGCCCAAAUUCGACGGUACUAGCUGGCUCUCUCCGCCCUCUCGCCUGCUGCCAUGUGGCCCCUACGAGAGAAGCAAAUUGGAAAAAAAACAAAAAUUGGCCUUUAUUGACAUCUUCAGCAAAUUGAAAAAAAAAAAUAUAUUCCAACCUUAUAAUUUUCCCAUAUGAAAUAAAAAAACCUUUUACGAUAUUCCAAAAGGAAUUGGAAAUUCUGAUGGUUAAAAUUAAUCACUAAGAACAUGGUAGGAGAUGAAAAUUUUCACUGAAUUUUCAUUGUGAAACAAGGUUACGUCUCUGGGUCACACUCCAAAUCGCUACCCCAGACUCCAGUCUCCACGUGGCAGAUCAGCUUCCAAAAUUCCAAGGGCCAACGCAAUUAGGACGGUUAGUGGGCCAAUGCAACGUCACGUCAUACAGCCGAGUAUGACUCAUAUUUUCCAUCAAUUCUCCCAUGAAAAAUAUAGGAUUUUUGGUCUCUCCUCUUAGUCUAUCAGUCCCAGCGUCACUCCUACAGGGCGUCCCUACCUACAGGUUCCCUAAAAGUCUUCAACUACUAACAGUAGUACGCUGCAGUCCACAGCCAACAAAUUUUGUAAGACCUGUAUUUUGGUUCAGAUGGUGCUAUUUAAUGUCUGAAGUUUCAUAGUUAAGGUUGCUUUCUUCCAUGGCAGCCAGAAUUGUCAGCUUCCUUCUUUUCUUUCUUGCUUUCGGAUUGCCCUAUUCACAUGGAGAAACUUGGAUUAAAGCUGGUUACUGGUAUGCCGGUAGUGAAUCUCCAAUUCCUGAUAUCAAAUCUGGGUUGUUCACUCAUCUUCUUUGUGCUUUUGCUGAUAUUAACCCUACCACCUACCAGCUUUCUAUAUCUUCUUCUGAAGAACACUACUUCUCUACCUUUACCGACAUAGUCAAGCGUAGGAACCCUUCUGUUGUAACACUUCUGUCCAUCUGGGGAGGACAAGGGCCCACGGGUUUGUCCAUCUUGGGUGAAAGGGUGAACUCUUCCAUGGUGUCUUUGAUGGUUAGGCAGCCCUCUUACAGAAAAUCUUUCAUUGAAUCCGCCAUGAAAACAGCUAGACUUUACGGGUUUCAUGGCCUGGACCUGUUUUGGCUUUGGCCUAACACCGAGUCUGAUAUGAAGAAUAUGGAAGCCCUCCUGGAUGAGGUGCGGGCAGCUGUGAAAUUGGAGUCUAGAAAUUCUGGUAAGGCACCACUGAUAUUGACUAUGGCUGUUCAUUAUGUGCCAACUCUCUACUCAGUGAGCUACCACAUUGAGGCAAUACAGAGGAACUUGGAUUGGGCACAUAUUCCAGCAUAUGACUAUUAUUUGCCUUCAAGGGUGAACUUUACACACGCCCAUGCUGCUCUGUAUGAUCCAUUGAGCAAUGUUAGCACUGAUUUUGGUAUUAGGGAAUGGAUCAGUAAAGGGUUCCCUGCUAGUAAGCUGGUUUUGGGGUUGCCUUACCAUGGAUAUGCAUGGACACUUGUGAACCCUAACCACAAUGGCAUUGGCGCACCCGCUUCAGGUAUAGCCAUGACAGCAGAUGGAUCCAUGAGCUAUAAAUACAUCAAGUGGUUCCUUCGAAGUUAUGGGGCUACUUCAAUGUACAAUGCUACUUAUGUAGUGAAUUACGUCACUAUUGGAACAACUUGGAUUGGUUUUGAUGAUGUGCAGGCUAUCAGAGCUAAAAUUUCUUAUGCCAAGGAGAAGAAGCUACUUGGUUACAAUGUGUUCCAGGUUAGCAAUGACGACAAUUGGGCGCUUUCUCAGGCAGCUCAAGAUGAUGACAAAUAUCAUCACAAGAAGGAGGAAUUAUUGGUAAAAAUUCUGGUUCCAAUUGCUGUACUUAUUCUUGUAGCAGGCUCCAUAAUGUGUUGUUACUCACGAAGCAGAGUACUCAAAGCAAUAGGGACCAAGAAUUUAGGCAAAAUAUCACUACUUGAAGUAGGAAGCAAAUCAUCAGGUGUUGAAAAUUUUAACAGUAAUGCUCCUAAUCUGCGAGUGUUCAGUUUUGCUGAGAUCAAAGAGGCUACAAAUAACUUUUCCUUUGAAAAUAAGCUUGGAGAGGGUGGAUUUGGGCCUGUUUACAAGGGUAAAUCACAGAAGGGAGAGGAAAUGGCAGUGAAGAGGCUUUCGAAAACUUCAAAUCAGGGACCAGAGGAGUUCAUAAAUGAGGUUACACUUACAGCCAAACUGCAACAUGUAAAUCUAGUUAGGCUUCUGGGAUUUUGCACGGAAGGAGAAGAAAAGAUGUUGAUCUAUGAGUACAUGCUCAACAAAAGCCUGGAUUUCUAUCUGUUUGAUCCUACUAGGCGCUAUUUUUUAGAUUGGACAAAGCGCAUCGCCAUCAUUGAAGGGAUUACUCAAGGACUUCUCUACCUCCAAGAAUACUCCAACUUCACUAUAAUUCACCGGGAUUUGAAAGCUAGCAACAUUUUACUGGACAGCGAGAUGAAGCCCAAGAUUUCAGAUUUUGGCAUAGCUAGAGCUUUCCAAAAGGAUGAACAUGAGGCAAGCACAGGCCGGAUUGUAGGAACGUAUGGCUACGUUCCUCCUGAAUACGUUCGAAGAGGGAUAUACUCCAUGAAAUAUGAUGUUUAUAGCUUCGGAGUUCUACUCCUGCAGAUAAUUAGUAGCAGGAGGAAUUCAUGCACAUAUGGCUUGAGCCAAAACCUAAACCUUCUAGAAUAUGCAUACGAGUUGUGGAAAGAGGGAGAAGGCAUGAGGUUUAUGGACCCAUCACUAGAUGACUCAUCUUCGUCUUGUAAACUCAUGGCAUGCUUGCAAGUAGCUCUGUUAUGCAUCCAAGAAAAUCCGGACCAUAGACCAACAAUGUUGGAAGUGUCUUCAAUGCUCAAAAGCGAAACUGCAGCCAUGCCUGCCCCUUUAAGGCCUGCUUUUUCAAUCAGAAGUAAUGAAGAUGAAGGGCAGGAUAAGUUUACUUCGCAGCAAGAUAAAUUAUCAGUCAAUGAUGCCACCACUUCUUCGCAGCAAGAUAUAUUAUCAGUCAAUGAUGCCACCAUUUCUGAUUUGGUACCACGGUGAUGGUGCAGACUGUCCUAAUAUGAAGAAAUGAUAAUUUGUGAUUUUGGGUAUCAUCUGUUGUUGUUUAUUAGCCUCCCGAUAAGAUUGUAAAUGUUUGUUACUUAUUUAUUGUCAGUAAUAUACUAAUAUAUGAUUUUCCGGGAAACCCGAGGUGGAAUUGGGGAAUUCAAAA